CGGGGAAGUGAUGUUGAAAAAGAAAGGGCGGGCGGACAGUCCGCCGUAGAACUGUUCUGGUUAUAACGCGUAUUGUGUUAACACUAGCCUUUACCAUUCUUUCCCAGUGUUUAUUUUGUUUAAGUCGCGUUUAAGCUUCAGAUUCUUCAUGUAAAGUUAAUUAUUUUAUUAUUAUUCAUAAUAAGAUGGCUGUAUCACAUCAGUGGUUUGUGCAGUGGACCUCUCCGUCCAUGGUAUUUGCUGAUAUCAACUACCAUUACAGUGCAGUGAACGAUUGGAGUAACGAACCUCCUCAGUGGUCUUGGAAAGUAGGUCGGGGUGGUGAGAGAAGAAAAAAUAAUAGAACUUCUUCAAGUGAACCUUUAGAAACUAAUAAAUAUUUUUAUAACAGAAUCCGAGUGGAUACAGCUCCUGAAAAUGGUUCACCGUCGGUAGCUGACCUCGCAAUAUUCUUCACAAUGCUGGGUCUGGCGCAGGCGCAGUCGGUGCCAGCUGAUAUGGAAACCCCUCCGUUCAACACUCUGUACAAAUGGAAGCAGUUAGACUUUGAAUACUCAUCGCCAACGCAGCGGCGGCGAGCACUUCUAGAUGGAUCAUUUAUACCAGAGAACAACCUCCCGCUAGGGCUGGAAGUAUGGGGGUCCCGCGUGUUCAUCACCAAUCCCAGGUGGAAGAAAGGAGUCCCGGCCACGCUCGCGACAGUGUCACGCUCUGGUGGCGUCACGUCCCCGCCUUUGAAGCCCUACCCUAACUGGGCUAUGAACGUCUUGCCUAGAAAUGGGCAUAGCUGCGACGGAUUAAUUUCAGUGUUCAGAAUAAGCGUUGACCCCUGCGGCAAGCUAUGGGUACUCGAUUCAGGGCAAGUUGAUUCCGUAGAUACUCCUAAACAAAGAUGUCCACCAAGUAUAUUAGUCUUCGAUCUUGCGAGAGAUGAGCUUCUAGCCCGCUACUUCAUACCCAAAGAAUUUGUGUUACAAGGCUCCUUAUACACUAAUAUAAUCAUCGAUACUAGAACGCCUACCUGCUCCGAUGUCCACGUAUACAUGGCAGACACAUGGCGGUUUGGACUACUUGUAUUUAGGUUAAGUGACCACCGCUUCUGGCGAUUUACCCAUCCCUUCUUCUACCCCGAUCCAUUGGCAUCUAAUUAUACUCUUAAGGGGCUCAAUUUUCAAUGGACCGAUGGAAUUAUGGGAUUAGCUUUAUCUCCAGUCAACCAAUUCAGAGAUAGAAUUUUAUUUUUCCAUCCGAUGUCAAGUUUUAGAGAAUUUUAUGUGUCUACAUCAAUUUUACGGGACCCUUCUCGCGUUAACAGAAGUGCUUCAGAGUUUUCUCUAGUUGGUGCGACAAGAGGUCCGUCGAGCCAAGCUUCCACUUCGGCGAUUGACGACAGGGGAGUAAUGUUUUACGGGCUCGUCCUUCAGGACAGCGUCGGUUGUUGGGACACAAAUAAAAUAUUCCAUAGAGAUAAUAAUAUAGUAGUAGCAAAGAACAGCGAAACCUUGAUCUAUCCGAAUGAUGUGAAGAUAGAUCACGAGCAGAACGUGUGGGUCAUCUCGAACAGGUUGCCGAUGUUCCAAAACGCGCCGCUCCACCCGGACAGCUACAACUACCGGAUCCUGUACGCGGGUGCGGUCGAGGCGGUCAGGGGGACAAUAUGCGAUCCAGAUAUAAACACUAUAAAAAAAUAAGCUACCUACAAAUAGAUAUCAAAAUCAAAUCAAAUUGCUGCAAUAGAGUGCCGUCUAUUUGAUUUUUUUUUCAUAGUAGGUAUUGCUAAAUCAAUGCUUUUCAAUCGUAAUUUUAGUAUCCCUUGACAAUCUUGUAUACAUAGAUACUUGUAUGUUUAUUUUAUUGCUAUUUAGAUAGAAAUGCGCCUAGUCAUGUAAUUUUAUAAAUAAAUUCUGUAAAAUGCACUAUUUACAUUUAUAUGAAAUAGUAUUUCUUGAAUGCUUGUGUAUGUAAGCGUAUGAUGACAAAGCUGAUUUCUAUAAGCUUUAUAAAUCAGUGAAUUUGCAAAUAAAAACAGUAAUAAAUAUUAUUUUAAUUUACUUAGUGAAUAUAAUUAAACCGUGGAGGUAUUGACUUUAAUUGAUUUAAUUUGACAUUAUAAAUCAUGAUAUAAAAUCAGAGUAUGCAUAUUUUCAUAAUAUACACAGGUGUUACGCUGAAACGCUAUUUAUAAAUUUAUAUAUCUGCAUAAUGCACAUGUAUUACAAAGGUAGCUGUUCAAAUAUCAGCAUCAGUUCCAAUUCAUGUAAGUUAAUUGUGUUUCACAUCUAUCUAUAUAUUAUAAUCAGCACUCGGAUCACAAUCAUAACCUGUUUUGUUAUACCUUUUGACUAUGUACAUUAUGUACUUUUAUAUAUUAUUAGAAAAAAAAACAUUGCAAGAAACAAUAAUGGUAAGCCGAUCUGGCAUGAUAGAGACAAACACUGUUCAAAUGAGUUUCUUUCGGCAUUUCUUCUCAGCAGUGGUCGUUUCAAAAUGCCAGUAGUUUGUAGCUUGUGAGAAAUAACUAUAAAUAUAAAAAUUGACGAGAAAAAGUGCCUGUGAAGGUCUAAUUUCUGAAUAAAUGCUUUGAAUUUGAUUUGAAUUUUAAUUUGAUCAGCCAUAU